AUGCACCUCCAAGCCCUUCGGAUUAUCUUGAUUGGGCUUGGGCUAGUGGCCCGAGCGAGCUCGGUUCCACUCUGCCAUAUGCAUCCUUACGACGAAAACACUAGGGGUAUUUCAUUGGAAGCCCAAAUGAAGUCACCAGGGAAAGGAUAUAAUAUCACCAAAAUUGAUUCACAGAACCAAAUUUCAAUCGGAGAGACGGAAUCAAAGAUUGAAAUAGGGGUUUCUAACCCCCAAGCGCAAGAUAUUUUUCUCUCCAACAACGAAGCCACCACAGCUAGAAAGAAAACGGAUAUCAAAAGUAAUCUUACCGGGGAGCAGAAAUCGGAAAACUCUGACUUUCGUUUGUAUGAUUCUGGUAGCGAUUUCUCCACAGAGCGAGUUUCUACCGCACAUCUUACCCCUCAGAAUGAUAUUCUACAUGCUGUCGAAAACCGCAAAAAUAAGGGGAGUGAAAAUUCAAUCCCUCGCGAAAAGCUUCGAAAAUCAAUAUACAAAAGGGAGGUAAACGAGGCAUCAACACUAGCAUCAAGCACGAUCCUCAUUACGGCACCAAGUUCAAAACCAGUGAUCGUGACGGUUUCUACUAGCUCUUCAGUAUCAGCUCCGGCAAUCUCGACUUCACCUAUCCCCUUAUCCACAGCUGAAAAAGUAGCUGCUGAAGAAGAGAAAGGGAAAAGCCACAUAAGUAACAUAUCAUUGAGAGUUGAUGUUCCCAAGAGUUUUUUCAUCAAGGAGGUGAAUAUAAAAUGCAGGGCGGCGGAAAUCACGUAUGAUGCUUCUAAAAGCUCUGACCCACGGUGGGCCGCUCUCAGAUGGCCUGAUUUUCAAAAAGAGUAUGCCACAAGAGGUUACGCAAUAGGGGCAAUAAAUUCUCGUCGUAGGAGCUGCAUCGAGCUGUGCAAGUGCGACGAAGAUGGAAGGAUGGUGUUGAAUCCAGAUCCUGUAAUGAUGAGGAAGGGAAGUGCGAAACGGGGGUCAGGGGUCCAUCAUUCCUGUUCCGGACAUAUUAAUAACCGGUUCGCUGAUGAGUGUGCACUUGUUUAUGGUAAGUAG